AUGCUUGAUUUUAUUUGUUCCAAAGAUCAUCCGAUUGGAGAAGUAAUACAUUACUUCUGGCGACGAGAGUAUCAAGGUAGAGGUGUACAACAUCUUCAUCUAUUAGUUUGGAUAAAAGAUGCACCGAUUCUUGGUAAAUCUCCCGCGGAAGAAGUUUCCAAGUUCAUUUUGCAACAUAUAACGUGUGAAUUACCGAAUGAAAAAUCUUCACCGACCUUAUAUAGGCGAGUCAAUACGCAUCAACGACAUACACAUAACGAUUAUUGUCUUCGUUCUAAAAAGAAAGGGCGUAAAGUUUAUCGUGUAUGUCGUUUUGAUUUUCCUCGUCCUUCUACCGGCACGUUGAUUUUGAGAGAUAUUGUAACUUCGAUAGCAGGUAGAAAACAAUUGAAACACAAAAGUAGACUUUAUGAUCUUCCGCGAACAGAUGAUGAACAGAAUAUAAAUGAUUAUAAUCGAAUUAUUCUUACUGUUUGGGAAGGAAAUAUGGAUAUACAAUUUAUUGGUGACAACUCAAGGUUACUUACGUAUUAUAUUACUAAGUAUUUGAAUAAAGCAGCAAAAUGUGAGUUAUCUGAUUCUGUCCUUAAUAGUACAAAUGAUAAGAACAAAUCGAUGGCGAGUUAUCUUUGGAAUAUUGCUUUGCGACUCACUAAUAAUAGAGAAUGUGGAGCUCUUGAAGCAGCUGAUACUUUAUUAGGUAUACCUUUACAUAGAACUGAUAGAAAUACAACUAUUAAAUGGCUAGACGUUAAUCAGAUACGAUACAGAAAAGUCAAAAGCUGUAAGGAAAUUGAAGCUCUUGAUAGAGAUUCUACUGAUAUAUUUUGUCCAUCAGUAAUAGAUAGUCAUUAUCCGAAUAGACCUGAAGAAAUUGAAACGAUGUCUUUGUAUGAAUUUGUACAAUGGCACGACGUAACAAAAGUCAAACCAAAAAAAUCAUUUCACAAUAACAAAUUACACCUUGAAAAAGCAUUGGAGUAUCAUGAAAAAUUAGACGAACUGAAGAAUGCAUUUGAAACUGCAAAGCAAUUACUUCAACAACAUUUAGAGGAUUUAGAAAAACAGAAUACGUCUCAAGAUGAUCCCGAUAAUCCAAUCGGUGUACAAAAUAUUAUUCAAGCUGGUGAUGCGAUGCAAGAUUUUAAAGAUCUUGGUGACAAACAGGAAAUCGAUGUAUCUGAAAUGAUUUCAAAAUUGAAUGCGGAUCAAAGAAGAGUAUUUAAUAGAGUCACUGAUACUAUAUCAUCAGAUAAAGAAAUACUACGGUUAUACGUUAGCGGAGAAGGAGGUACUGGCAAAAGUUUCUUGAUUCAAACAAUUAAAUCUUGGAUAAAACAAAAUCUCAACAAAGAUACUGCUAUAACAGCACCUACUGGUAUGGCAGCAUUUAAUGUAAAUGGUUUGACAGCUCACAGAUUAUUCCAAUUACCCGUUGAACAUGGUCGUACUCCUAAAUAUAAACCAUUAGCUGAUCAUGUUUUAAAAAUUUUACGAACAGAUCUUAAAGAUGUUAGUCUCAUUGUAAUUGAUGAAGUGUCAAUGAUAUCUAAUAUAUUUUUUAUGUAUAUAAACUUACGACUAUGUGAAAUAUACAAUACUACUGAUUGUGAUGAUGGUUGGUUUGGUCGAAAGCACGUUCUUUUAUUUGGAGAUCUGCUUCAGUUACCUCCUGUACUUGAAGAUCCUGCUUUUAUACACUUGACAGAAGAAAAAGUUCGUAAAUAUCUUGGUUCUUUAAGUGCUACUAAUCUAUGGACUAAUUUAUUUGAUUAUGAUGAAUUGACGAUUAAUAUGCGUCAGCAAGGAGACGGAUCUUAUCGUGAGUUACUUUCGAGAAUUCGCGUUGGUUUGUUAAUACCAUCUGACUGCGAUAUUCUUGAAAAAAGAAAAAUAUCUUUCAAAGGUGAGUUUUUUGAGACAAGAUUGAACGAAUUAUGUGAUUUCAUUAAUAAUUUCACAUCUAUCGUUUGUUUAUUACCUAACAAUCACAUGUGUGAUCAAUUAAAUGCUGCAAUGUUAAAUCGUAUUACUUCGAAAGAAAUAUUUUUAAUUGCUGAAGACACGAUUGAUUGUAUUUCAUAUAUGAAAAAAAAAGUAGAAAAGGUAUUGUCAAAUAAUGAUGACGAUGAUACUAAAACAGCUGGACUAUCAAGACGAAUUACAAUUAAAAUUGGAGCGAAAAUUAUGAUAAGACGUAAUAUUGAUGCUAGUUUGGGACUUGUAAAUGGUACAAUUGCUAUAGUUGUAUCAGUUUCACAGGAUAAAACUACUGAUUACAUAGAAAAGAUAAAAGUUCGUUUACCGUCUGAUUUAGAGUAUUUCAUUGAAAGAGUGAGUGUCAAGUUUCCAGUGAUGGAUAGAGUAUAUGUUACUAGAAAACAAUUUCCAUUAUCUUUGAGUUAUGGUAUUACCAUUCAUAAAAGUCAAGGAUUGAGUUUGCAAAAUGCUGUUAUGGAUCUAGGUAACAAUGUAUUUAGUUGUGGUCAGGUUUAUGUUGCAUUAUCUCGAGUAACAUCUCUUGAUGGACUACAUUUAAUUAAUUUUGAUCAUUCGUCCGUGUUUGCUAGUGAAAUGGCAAUUAUAGAAUAUAAUCGAUUGAAAAAAAUAAGUAAACCAGAAACAGAAAUAAUCACUAUUUCGAAACAACGUUAUCGUAAAGUUAGAGAUGUUCCGUGGACAUUGUCAAAAAUAAUUACUUCCGUUCAAGAAUCAGGUCAAAAAGAAGCUCCAUUAAAAAGAACUGCUUGGAUUAUACGCGGUUUUCAAAAUAUAGACAAAAAAGGAAUUAUUAAAUUACGAUAA